CAUGAAAGACUUUCCAGGCUGGAAGCAGCGACGAACCCUGCCGGCAGCGAGUCCUCCUACAGCGACCGUGCCUCCAGCCGCUCCAGUGCCUACACCCGGAGGGAGAACCGCUUGGCCGCCCUCAGCAGCAGGGCAGAAGAGGAGAGUAGCAGGGACUAUAAAAAAUUAUACGAAAGCGCCCUGUCUGAAAAUCAAAAGCUGAAGUCAAAGCUGCAAGAAGCCCAGCUGGAGCUGGCCGACAUCAAAUCCAAGUUGGAAAAAGUGACCCAGCAGAAACAGGAGAAAACUUCUGACCGGUCCAGCAUGCUGGAGAUGGAGAAAAGGGAGAAGCGAGCCCUGGAGCGGAAACUCUCUGAAAUGGAAGAGGAGAUGAAGAAUCUCCACCAGCUCAAACAGAUUCACACUCUGAGGCAGAUGAAUGAGCAACUGCUGGCUGAAAACAGGGCUCUGACCCGGGUCGUAGCCAGACUUUCUCUGCCUGCCAA